UUAUCCAGCUCAGUGGGCUGUCCUUGAGCGACAAUCUCUGUGCCAGUGACCGUCAGUGCGGAUUGUUUGUUGUCAUCAAGAUGGAGUUUUUAUUAGGGAAUCCGUAUAGCACUCCGGUUGGGCAAUGCACAGAAAAGGCUACUGAUGGCUCCCUUCAGAGUGAAGACUGGGCCCUUAAUAUGGAGAUAUGUGAUAUAAUUAAUGAGACAGAGGAAGGACCAAAGGAUGCUAUAAGGGCUCUGAGGAAGAGACUGAAUGGAAACAGAAAUUACAGAGAAGUGAUGCUUGGCCUAACAGUCCUGGAGACAUGUGUUAAAAAUUGCGGCCAUCGUUUUCACGUUCUUGUAGCCAGUCGGGAUUUCAUUGACGGAGUCCUGGUAAAAAUAAUCUCUCCCAAAAAUAACCCUCCAACUAUUGUGCAGGACAAAGUGCUUGCCAUGAUUCAGGCUUGGGCUGAUGCCUUCAGAAGUAGUCCAGACCUGACCGGAGUCGUCCAUAUUUAUGAGGAGCUGAAGAGGAAAGGGAUUGAGUUUCCCAUGGCAGACUUGGAUGCACUUUCUCCAAUACACACACCACAGAGGUUAUGCGCUUUGCAGAGUGUGCCGGAGGUGGAUCCUGCCACAAAUAUGCACAAAGCCCAGUCCCAGCAAGGAAUAAACAACAGUGCCCCCUCCUUCACUGCCCCGCUGCCACCCACCUACGCAGCAACACAGGUGCUCGCCCUGCAAGUGACUGGACCUAUCAAUGCAAACUCAGAACAGAUUGCCAGGCUGCGCAGUGAGCUAGAUAUCGUCCGUGGCAACACCAAGGUGAUGUCAGAAAUGCUGACGGAGAUGGUGCCAGGCCAGGAAGAACCUUCAGACCUUGAACUCCUACAGGAACUAAACCGAACAUGUCGAGCGAUGCAGCAAAGGAUUGUGGAGCUCAUCUCACGAGUGUCCAAUGAGGAGGUGACGGGGGAGCUGCUGCAUGUUAACGAUGACCUCAACAAUGUCUUCCUCAGAUACGAGAGGUUUGAAAGAUACAGAUCUGGACGAGCUGCCCAGAAUACUAAUAAUGGGGUACUAAGUGAAGUUACAGAUGAUAACUUGAUAGAUUUAGGCCCAGGAUCCCCUGCUGUGGUUAGCCCAACGUUAGGAAGCACUGCGCCGGCUACUCUGUCUACACAGCUGGCUGGACUAGGCCUGGGUAAAGACAGUGUCAGCGGGACCCUGAGCUCACUGCCGAGCUGCAAUCCUCAAGAUGAUUUUGACAUGUUUGCUCAGACGAGAAGCAGCUCUUUGGCUGAUCAACGCAAAAAUGUGAAGUAUGAGGAUCCUCAAGCACUGGUAGGACUGGCUUCUGCGCUUGAUGUCCGACAACAGAACUCGGAAGGGCUGAGAAUUAAAGGUGGUAACCCAGACAUGGAGCCAAUAGACAGCUGGCUUAUUACCCAAGGAAUGAUUCCUGUUGCACAGUCCUCUGUCAUGGAUGACAUUGAGGAGUGGCUCUGUACCGACGUGAAAGGAGAUGAAGCAGAGGAAGGAGUGACUAGUGAAGAAUUUGAAAAGUUUUUAGAAGAGAGAGCCAAAGCAGCAGAGGUGAUCCCCUGCUUGCCGUCACCCCCUGCUGGUGAACCCGUGCCGGCUGCCAGUGUAACCAGCAGCAGCAGCCGCAAGAAGGCAGAGGGCUCUGAGGACGCCCUCUUCGCUCUGUAAUCUGCCUCUGCAUCCCUCACCUUCCCCCUGUGUCCGGGGCAGAGCGCUGCUGUUCAGAAAUACCACUACUGCUGCUGCUGCUGCUGCUGAGUCCUAGUGUUACCUCUCCAGCCAUGCUCCCUGCGCACACCUCCCCUCCUUCUCUCUCUCUCUCUCUCUCUCUCUCUCUCUCUCUCUCCUAACAUUUCCUUUGCAAGCAAUCUAACAUGGCUGUUAUACCUUUAAAUCAAAAAUCCAUAUCUAGGUGUAAAAUAAGAACAGAUUAACUACUGUACAUCCUCUUUGCAGUCCACCUUUUUCACAUUGUAAUUAACUCAGAAUAAUUACUGAAGAAUUUUAACAGGGACUAUAUAUUUUUUGAAGAUAUAUUAAUACGUCCUGGCUGUGCACAGACCUUAAAGUUUGUAUAUGAUCUUUAUUUUUUAGCUAUAUUUAACACACUUUUUCUGUUCUAUAACCCAUUCAACCAUAGAUAUUUUUGUUUGCAUUAAUAUUAUUUGAUAUUUUGGAUUGGGAAAAAAAUGAUGUUGAAAUAUGGUGAGGGUAAAGGAGGUUUCGAGGCACUGGGUGGUAAUGUGUACAGUGUACAGUUUGUUGGUAUCUAAGUUAUCUUUAUUUGGUUGAGCUUUUUCAUAAAGAAACGUCUGCAACUUCUCAUGGUUUCCAGGAACAGACAAGCAGCAAAAUGGGUUAUUCUGUUUCCCUCUCUCGUUUCAAUUAGCUUUGGGAUAUUGCUCUAAUAACCGGUUGAUGAACAGUGCUUUAUGGCUAAUUGAAAAUGUCGCUGCAGUACUUCAGAGCACUUUUAAAAUCUAUUAGCUAACAAUUUUGCAGUGUCAUAUUAGACUUAACAUGCAAGGCUGAAAGCCAAAUUCUGUCUGCCGGAUGUUUUUUUCUUCCCACAGGGAGCUGCAUGUAAAUGAAGUCAGUGAACGAAGAAAAAAAAAAAAAAAAGAAGUUAAUCAUAGUCUCGUAGUGUGAGCGGAUUUAGAUUCAUCCAUUAAAAUCAGGCAAUUGGUGAAAGCAAAAGGGCUGAGGACUAAUACAGGGCUGACGUUUGCAGAGUUGAGUUUGUUUCUGUAAAGUUCUGUCCUCAUUAAAUAUUUCCCUCCACACCGUUGCUCAUAAUAUUUCUGAAACAUGCGAAGUACACAGAAUCAGUUCAGUUUUUCCAAUGAAAUGUUUGAAAAUGCCUAUUCUCACCAUUUUCAUACUUUUAAAUACACUAAUUUAAAUAGACUAAUUUUAAAUGGGUUCUCAGAUUGCAACAUAGCCAAUAGAGGCAAAUUAUUUCCAAGUUACCAGACAGAUCCCACAAGGCUUAUUACCUGUGUAUUUGUAAGUUGAACUGCAGAGGGGGUUGUCUGUUUUAUCCCUAUCCAAGAUCACCUUGCCUGUGAUUUGCUUGAAAUGCUUUAGAUUUCUGUGGUACUCUUAUUCGAUAUCCGUUUUUACUCGCUACCACUUAAUACCGGAUGUAUCCAAGAGGAUUUCUAUCUAAUAAUACUGUUUUUUGCUGAGUUCAUGAGAAAAGGAAGAAGUUAUCUCAUAUUAUAUAGCCAGUAGCUUUUCCAACACCUUAAACAGGUUACACAGGAAGAAUCUGCUCUUAACAAAGAUUAUUAAUACAUGAAAGUUGUACCCCAGUUACUGAGGUACAUUUCCAGCAAUGGGAUCUCAUUUAGCUUGCAAACUGAUGCAUUCUUAUACUCCGUUAUUGAAGUGUGACUUUUACAAAGUGGGACUGGCGUGUUCACAUUCCUUUUUGUACACUAUGCCCAGCUAUUAUAAGGAACACAUGUACCUGCAAAAUACUUUACCAAUAUACAGCAUUAAGUACCUUGUUAAUGUUUUACAAAUAAGGUCUUUCUAUGUUUUCUUUGAAAUAUCCUAACCCUCUAACAGACACUCAGAAUUCAGACUGGGUCAUAAAAAAUGACUACUCCAGGGAAAUUUAAAGGGAUUGCAAAUUUGGGAUUAUGAACUAUGUUCAAAGGAUCUUUUUAACCUGUGUAUAGUUGUACAUAACUCUAACUGCAAAAUUGGUUGACAAAAUGUUCUUUUACUCAGUAAGUGCAGAGAUCAGCAUUUAAUCAUACAAAACACUAAGAAAGUAUUGUAUCCAUACUUUCACACAAACACAAACCAAGAGAAUUGAAGGCAUUGACAAGUACAAUACUGUGCUGUAGAUUCCAUAUCUAGAAGUUGUGCUCUUUGGUGGCUAAAGCUAAUUUUCUUGAUAUAUGAAAAGAUUGUAAAAUUAUAAUCUCAUCAAAUAGUAUUGGAUAUUUUCUAAUAAGUACAUGUGGAUAGAGCAUAAACAAGACGCUUUAAAAAGGGUCAAUUCCAAAUAGAGGAGACCCUAAUUCACUAUUGUUCUGGCUUGUGUGAAGUUAUGGUUUUACUUUUGUCACUCAUAGACCCUCUGCUCUGGGACACUAACUCAAAUUGCAUUCAAACUAAACAGAUCGACUAGGAUGAAAAUUUUACAGCUUGUUGUAUUAAGCCAUUUUAAUUUACUGUAAAAAAAUAUAUAUCUUGUAAACGUUGUGAAUAAAAUUUCAAAUCUCACAUAUUUUAACAUAUUGCAGGUUUAGAGGAGUAGUUAAUGCAUAUAUUUUAUUAAAAUGAGGCUUAGAGAUGAUUAACAGUCCUGUGGUUUUGUUACUGUGCUGUCAUUUUGUUUGUGAAUGUCUGUUUUUUUUUUUUGUUGGGAGCUACCAUAGGGAGUUCACACUGAAUUUCAUAGCUUGUUUAUUCAACUAAAAUUUAGGAUCUAAAGACACGAUACUAAAUUCUUCAGCUAAAGUGGAUAGAUAGAUGCGUUACAGAAAAGCGGCCCCAAAUUUGUUUUCAGUCUAUCAGUGAGUAAUUUACAUGUAGUGUGCCUAAACUAGACUGCAAGUCAUUUAAAAUGUCACAGGUUUUAUAAAUGUAAUACUAUUUAGUUUCCCUAAAAGCACUUUUCCCCUCUGUGAUACCAUACUUUUAUUGAGAUCAAUAUGGCAUUUGUUGAAUAACUAAAGCAUGUUUGUAACAAAAUGUUUAUCUCAUAAACUAAAUUAGUGCGUUGAUUUCUGAGGUCAAGUCAUUACACUGUCAAAAGGUACUUCAUUAUAACAUUCUGUUGCCCUCAUUUAAGCUGAUCUGUUAGAGUUUUAGAAAUCUUUUACUUUCAGUGAGGUUAAGUUAUUGUUUUAUUGAUCUUUUUUGACAACAACAUUAGGAAAAAUAAAAUAAAAAUAAAAGAAAAAUACACAGGUUUAUCGUUGGUGAAUGUGUAUUAUGUUACUUUUUUGUGUGCACUGGUUGUUUCAAAUGAAACUUUGUUGCCAUGUUUACUUCGUUAAAUUUAAUUUCAAUUUUUUGUAAAGAGAUCUUAAGCUUUACACACUUAUGUUUAAGUAAUAUAGAGCUUGUACUGAACCAGACUGAUUGAUCGGAACAAUGGUAGCCAAAGAAAUGCACAACAUAAUUUCAUAUAUAAACUAAAGCAAGUGUCAUUUGUAGACAUCUCUUGUAAAUUUUAAGUUUACACAUUCAGACUAUGACUCAAGUGUUUUCCGGUCCAGUUCAAUUCAAUGUUAAACGCAUCUAAUUUAGCAGUAAUAUAUCUGUGUAAUCGAUUAACUCUUUGUAUAUUGGAUGUAAGGGUUUCAGAGCAGGGGCUUAUAUUUAUUGGGUUGUAAAGACUCUGGGAAAUGGUUUAAAGAGAAAGUGUGUAAAGUUAUUCAUACUUCAGCUGGGACAAAGCCAGCGCUUGUGUGUCAUAAUGAUACCCAUGUAUUUGUAAUAACACUGUUACAGAUAUUAAGCUCUGUACUAUACGACUGUUGCAUGUAUUAAAUUACAAUAAAACACCACCAGUGUGACCUGUA